GCCGGAAACCGCGUUUGGUCGCCUGCUGCUCCGCAGCUCCUGUCCGCCGCUCUUCCGACAGCUCCCGCCGGCGGUAGCAAACAGCCCCUCCUCGGUCGCGGCCCCGGGCCCGGCGGCGCUACCCAGCAUGCCCCGCGCCGGCGCAGGCGCGCCCGUGCGGCCGCUCAGGAAGAGGAAAAUGGCAUAAACAACCCCGAGCGCCGGGACCACUGAGGAGGCGCCGCCGCCCCCGCCGCGGGCCGCGCGGCCCCUUUAAGAGGCGCGGAGUCGCCCCUUCCUCCCUUUUCCGCAGCCGGAGCCCGGGGUGACGGCGGUUCCCGCGCCCCUUCCCCCUCCCCGCCCCCUCCCUCCCGCCCUCCUUCCCCAUGGUGCCGACCCCGGCGGCGGCGGCCGGGCGGUUGCCAUGAACAGCAGCGGCCUGCCCUGCUCGUCGCCGUCGCCGGUGGUGGGGCCGCCGCCGCCGGCGGCGGGGGUCGGCGUCGUGGGGGCGGGGGCCGGCUGUGGCGGCGGCGCCGUGAAGCUGAAGUUCUGCCGUUACUACGCCAAGGACAAGACCUGCUUCUACGGCGAGGAGUGCCAGUUCCUGCAUGAGGAGCCCGGCGCCGCCUCUGCCGGCCCGGGGCCCGCCGCCUCCCUCGGCGGGCUCCCGCUCGGCAUCCCCCCGGCCGCCGCCGCCGCCGGGCCUGGCUACCCGCCGCACGGGGCCAGCCCGGGCCCGGCGGCGGCGGCGGUGGUGGGGCCUAAGAAAGCCGAGAUAGGGGCGGGAGGCGGCGGCGGCGGAGGCGGCGGCGGCGGGGGGCUGGAUGGCCCGCGGCUGGCGAUUCCUGGAAUAGAUGGCGGUGGGUUAGCUGAUGCUAGUCUCACAGAUUCCUACUUUAGUACCAGCUUCAUUGGCGUUAAUGGAUUUGGAAAUCCCGCUGAAACAAAGUAUCCCAUGAUGCAGAGGAUGACAAAUAGCAGCAGCUCCCCUAGCCUUCUCAAUGACAGUGCCAAGCAGUAUGCAGGCCAUGAUCCACUAUCUUCACCAAGUUCAUCCUUGUUUAAUGACUUUGCUGCCCUCAGUGUGUCUCAGAGGAGGAAGCUGGCAAAACCAGCGUUUCCUUCCUUUAUCACUGACUUGGAGGACAGAUACAAUACAGUCUUGCCCAGGAAGUAUCGACUGGGGAUGCUGGAUGAGAGGAUAGUUCCAGUGGGAUCAAAAGCAAGAAAAUCAAAGAACCCUAUUGGCUGUCUGGCUGACAGGUGUAAAACAGGAGUACCCAUCAAUAUGGUUUGGUGGAACAGAGUCACAGAAAACAAUUUACAGACACCAAAUCCUUCUGCAAGUGAGUUUAUUCCUAAAGGAGGAUCAACCUCCAGGCUGAGUAAUGUAUCCCAGUCAAGUAUGUCUGCCUUCUCUCAAGCCCUGUUCUCUCACCCCUCCAUGGGAAGUCCUGCUACUGCUGGGCUAGCACCAGGAAUGUCACUGUCAGCAGGAUCUUCUCCUCUUCAUUCCCCCAAAAUAACUCCUCAUACAUCUCCUGCUCCUCGAAGAAGAAGUCAUACUCCUAACCCAGCAAACUAUAUGGUGCCUACUAGUGCCUCUGCUUCUGUUGCUAAUGCUGUGUCUCAGCCUCCAUCUACUGGCCAGGUGAUCCAGAAGGAAACAGUGGGUGGAACAACAUAUUUCUACACUGAUACAACUCCAGCACCUGUCACAGGAAUGGUAUUUCCAAACUACCACAUUUACCAUCCAGCUGCACCUCAUGUUGCUUAUAUGCAGCCAAAAGCAAAUGCACCUUCCUUCUUCAUGGCAGAUGAGCUCAGACAGGAACUGAUCAACAGACACUUAAUAACUAUGGCCCAGAUUGAUCAGGCUGAUGUUCCUGCAGUUCCUGCGGAAGUGGACAGCUACCACAGUCUCUUUCCUUUGGAACCACUGCCACCACCCAAUAGGAUACAGAAAACAAGCAACUUUGGGUACAUUACAUCAUGCUAUAAAGCUGUAAAUAGUAAAGAUGAUCUGCCCUAUUGCCUUCGGAGGAUACAUGGUUUUCGUCUUGUUAACACAAAGUGCAUGGUACUGGUCGACAUGUGGAAAAAAAUUCAGCACUCGAAUAUAGUCACUUUGCGUGAAGUGUUUACCACGAAAGCAUUUGGAGAACAUUCUCUUGUGUUCGCAUAUGAUUUUCAUGCUGGAGGUGAGACUAUGAUGAGCAGACACUUCAAUGACCCUAGUGCUGAUGCUUAUUUCACAAAACGAAAAUGGGGUCAGCAUGAUGGACCUCUACCACGGCAGCAUGCUGGAUUGCUUCCGGAGUCUUUGAUAUGGGCAUAUAUUGUGCAGCUCAGCUCUGCAUUACGAACCAUUCAUACAGCGGGACUGGCGUGUCGAGUUAUGGAUCCAACAAAGAUUCUUGUAACAGGCAAAACAAGGUUACGAGUUAAUUGUGUUGGAGUCUUCGACGUUUUGACAUUUGACAACAGUCAAAAUAAUCCACUGGCAUUAAUGGCUCAGUUUCAGCAAGCAGAUCUGAUCUCCCUGGGGAAAGUUGUGUUGGCUUUGGCUUGCAAUUCUUUGUCAGGAAUUCAGAGAGAGAAUUUGCAGAAGGCAAUGGAACUGGUGACAAUCAACUAUUCCUCUGAUCUGAAGAAUCUGAUUUUGUAUCUGCUGACUGACCAGAACAGGCUUCGCAGUGUAAAUGAUAUCAUGCCAAUGAUUGGUGCACGAUUCUAUACUCAGUUGGAUGCUGCUCAAAUGCGAAAUGAUGUUAUAGAGGAAGACCUUGCAAAGGUUAUCAAUUGUUUUCUAAGCAUUUUAGGCUCCAUGAAACUGGCAUUAUGGGGAAAUGCUAUUGUUUACCCUUUCACACUUGACAAAAGCAAUUCCCACGUGAAAGACAAGUUUAGCCGUGGGACACAGUCUCGAUACCUAAAGGAGGAAAUAGGCUGGUGA